AUGGAACGUCUUUUAGGGUCUUGCCUUGGUCUUAUUAGUGGCUCGUCUUGGAACGCUGUUAAGACCGGCGUCGAGGCGCCGUUCUUGCACCGCUCAACGAGCGCAUAUGUUGCUGAUGUACAGGAUUUCACUAAGUCGUACAUGCGUAAUCUGAGCGCGGAGAAUAAGACGCUUAAAGAACAAGGAAAGCUGCAUCCCGUGCGUGAUCUGAAAUUACUCCCAUUUCUCUUCGUCGCGAGGGUUGUGUAUGGGCCGCUGGAUGCGAUGCUAGAACGAGAACUUAGGGAUUUGAUUCCAGAUAGAGAAGAUUUAUUCAAGAACGUGAUUAGUGGAGGAAUCACAAGAUUCCCUAUAUCGCGAUUCCUCCCUCUUCCGGCCAUACGCGCACUCCGCCAUUUCAAAGAGCGCUGGGCCGAUUGGAAUGAUCGAGCAUACGCGUACGCGCUCAACGCCAAGGGACCUGACGCAGCCCCUAUUAUCAGGAUGUAUGAAGCCGUCAAGAAAGGUACCAUGUCACGCGAGGAACUCCUACAAACUCUCGAUGAAAUGAUGUUCGCGAACAUUGAUGUGACUAUGGGCGGUAUGUCAUGGACCCUCGUGUUUCUAGCGACCCAUCCGGCCGUGCAGAAAGCGCUGCGCAGCGAGAUCCUCUCACACUCCUCAGACCCAGCGACACGAAAUGCCUAUCUCCUUUCGUCGUGGACGACAACCCCCACUCUUCUAGGCGCAUCUAUCCUUGAGUCCGCACGCCUGCGCCCGCUCGCCGCGUUCUCCACACCACAGGCAUGUCCGACACCACGCGUCCUCGACGGCUACGAAGUCCCCGCAUGUACUAACUUCGUCGUCGACUCGUACGCGCUCAAUAUCCGAGACCCGUUUUGGGGCGAGGACCGGGAGCGGUUCCGGCCACAGCGGUGGCUUGAGCGGCAGAAGGGCGGACGCGACUUGCGGUAUCGGUAUUGGAGGUUUGGGUUUGGUCCACGAACUUGUCUAGGGAAGUAUGUUGCCGAGUUGGUUCUGAGGAGUGUGGUUGUUGAGAUCUUGGAGACUUGGAAUAUUUCGUUGGAUGUUAAGGUAAAGGGGAAAGAAAAGAAGAAAAAAUUCGGUGGUGAGGGAGAAGAGGAGAAUAUGGAUUGGCCGUGGGAUGAUGAGAUGUGGAUCCAUCAUCCGGAUCUUUUGUUAAGGUGUGAGUCUUUGACGAAGUAG